AUGUCGCCAAAGUGUCCCGUGCCGCCGUUACAGGAAACCUCCUUAUCGUUAGUAGCGAGACAAUUGAUUCAUACCUUAUCGAAAAUAUCGUCCGAUGAAGAUGUCGCGCUACACUUUACAAUGGUAUCAUCCUACUACGAAAGUAUGGGGGUGACGAGCGAUAUAUUUCAAGAUCUUAUAAACCUCAUCCUCACUUCCGACUACCUAGAUCCGGCAGUCAGAUUCUUCACCAUGAAAUUGCUGCUCAAGGAAAACGUCAAAAGUCUAGCCACGGGUAUGUUCCCGUGUCAAUUUUACAAGAGAAUUCUUGAACUGAUUGUGGAACAAGGUCGGCACCUAACGUCUCUCAAUUUGAAAGGUGUGUGGGUGAAAGAUGAAAAUCUACCGCUUAUGUACGAAAUAAUCAAGAACUUACCUAGUUUGACAGCUCUCAGUAUACCUUAUAUAGCUAACGAUGAAAUCCUCAAGUACAUAGGAGAAAAUAACAGGGUCCUUAAGAUACUAGAUGUCUCCGGAGAAACGGAUAUCACGGAAAUUGGAAUAGAUGUGAUGCUGUCCAGCAAUCCACAACUUACUCAGAGUCUGUCAGUCGUCAAUAUCGGAAUGUACGGUGAAGAAAACGUAGACCACACAGAUGUCGCGUUAUUAAUACGUCGACUUCCGAAUCUGACUAAUUUAGGCUGUUAUUCUUACGUCGGGAAAGCCGUUAACUAUGUUUACAAUCACGACUGUCCACCUGGGUUUAAAUCGAAACUACAAUAUAUUCACGAUGUACAAACUAAUUCUAGAACGAUGAGAGCAAUAAUAGCUAUAUGUCCUUCGGUAGAUACAAUUUAUUUAGAGGAACCCGACCAAGGCGUACUUCAGCAGAUAAAGGAUUUAAAUUGCUUGAAUAAGAUCAAGUUAAAUAAAUUCCAGUGCCAUGAGUUGCAUCAAUUGUUAGAUAAAAUAGGGCAUAAGAUAUCAACGCUUAUGUUGUCUGGUUCUCUGGGCUCUUUCAACUUCACGAGAAUAGCCGAAACUUGUCCCAAUUUAGAGAGUCUCGAAUUCUACCAAUGUCAGACGGCCACGCACGAAGAGGAGGUACCAUUUAACAAAUUAGAACAUAUCGAAAUAAUACAAGGGAACUUGUCGGGAUCGUGUCUCAAAUAUUUAAUGACGGCGACUCCUAAGUUAAAGAAGUUGAUUAUCGGAGACGAGAUCAAACUUGAUGAUAAUGAUAUGGCAAGAAUAUUGCGCCGUUACAAAUUCCCCUACUUAGAAGCUGUUUGGUUCCCGAACGCACCAAGAUUAUCACGGGACACAGUUGAAAUGCUCAUGGAAUCCUGUCCAAAACUCCAAAGCCUUGGACAGUUGAGCGGUUGGAAUUAUACGCCAGAUGAUAUGAUGCUUAUGAGAGCAAUUAUAGCCAGUACCAAUACGGACAUGGUGUUGACACCUCUUGGUAUAUUUCAGCAAGGGACGUAA